AUAAUCCUGUAUUUUCCGUGUACGUCACGCGCCAUCUGUUCUUACAAGCAGUAGUCAACUCCCAAGUACAACCAACUUUGCUGUACUCCACCGUUCUCCUAAGCUCGACGGCAGGAGAGAGAGAGAUCUAAGAGAUUCGGGAAUUUCUCAGAUUACUGGGUUGAAUAUUGUUAGAAAUUAGGGUUUUUUGGUGGGUAACUUUUGCACUUUGGGGGUUUCAGUGGGGUUAUGGCAUCUUGAAUUUCUGGGGGAGAAGGUAGAAAUUCUAAAGAUAGGCUACAGUGGGGGUGAUAGUAAAGUUUGCAAUAGGAAAUCUCUCAAAGGAGCUUGGUUUACAGUAGGAUAUCUAACUUAGCUGAAAAAAUUCUCGAAAUUUGCCUUUCCUAGAGUUUAAUUCCGUGAAGGAGCUUGGUUUUAAUAGGUUUGAGGUUGAGGACUCGUCGUCUUCUUAUUGUGCUCCACAAGUUGGUGGUUGUGGUAACACUGGUUAUUGCAGUAUGUUGGGGAAUGGAAUCAGUGGGACGGGGUUUUCCCAGGUCGAGGAACGAGUUUCGAUUAGUUUCAUGUGUAAGACGAAGAAGGAGAGGCGUGAACUGAGGAGGAAGCUUGAGGGUGAGCUGAAUUUAGUAAGGAGUUUGGUGAAGAAGCUUGAGCGCAGCGGUGGUAGUUUCAGCUCUUUGGUGGAUGAUGGUAUUAAUGGUGUAGGGAAGUUGAAGAGAGUUCAUUCUGAGGUUGGUUCAGUGGGUUGGCAUGAGGGUAGGCCUAUUGAUCAGUUGAGUGUUACUGUUCCGGAUCAUAGUCAAGGUGGUAGUGACAAUGUGGAGAAGGAGAAGAGGACCCCUAAGGCGAAUCCGUUUUAUCAGAGUUCUGAUUUUAUACUGGGUAAGGAGAGGAUCCCACCUACGGAACAGAACAAGAAAUCAAAAGGCAUGGGGAAGAAGAAUGGGGAGUCAGGAUCUGCAGUUGGGAUGAGCAACUCUUUGAGUAAGGUAUUUAAGAGUUGUAGUGCAUUGCUGGAUAAGUUAAUGAAGCAUAAGCAUGGCUGGGUUUUUAAUACCCCUGUUGAUGUGAAGGCCCUUGGUUUACAUGAUUAUUUCACAGUAAUCAAGCAUCCAAUGGACUUGGGUACUGUGAAAUCUAGGCUAAAUACCAACUGGUACAAAUCUCCCAAGGAAUUUGCCGAGGAUGUCAGACUUACCUUUCAUAAUGCAAUGACAUAUAAUCCAAAAGGGCAUGAUGUCUAUAUAAUGGCAGAGAUGAUAUCAAAGAUGUUUGAAGAGAAGUGGAGUAGUGUAGAGGCAGAAUGUAUGCGAGAUCUAAGGCCUUCUGCAGAAGCCAGUCUGUUGACUCCAACGUCGAGAAAGGCUCCUCCGGUUCCACCAUCCUUCUUGCCUCCUGUUGAUAUGGCCAGAACAUUGGAUAAGUCAGAAUCUAUGACAAAGUCUGCUGGUGCGAAACCCAAAAACCCUAAUAUUACGCCAACAGGCAGGCCUGCUGUUCCAAAGAAGCCAAAGGCCAAAGACCCCAAUAAGCGGGACAUGACAUAUGUGGAGAAGCAGAAGCUUAGCACUGACCUUCAGAACUUACCUUCAGAAAAGCUUGACAACGUUGUCCAGAUAAUUAGGAAGAGGAAUCCUUCACUCUGUCAAAAUGACGAUGAGAUUGAGGUGGACAUUGAUAGCGUUGACACCGAGACUCUUUGGGAGCUGGACAGGUUUGUGAUGCAUUAUAAAAAGAAUCUGACAAAAAUCAAGAAAAUGGCUGAAGUGAUCCAGGUUGAAGGGGAAACUGAGCCAACUGCGGAAAAGAAUGAAGCUCCGUCCAUCUUGGAAGAACCAAAAGAAAAUAAUGCUGAAGAAAAGAAUAACCUUUUGGUGCCUCCUGUUCAACGUGAAAAGCAAGCUGGAAAUGCAAGUAGAUCAAACAGUUCAAGAAGCUCAAGCAGCGGUUCUGGGUCCUCUUCCAGUGAAUCUGACAGUGAUGCUUCCUCAACCUAAGGGCUGGACACGAGCGAUAAUGGGAUUUCAGCUCCCAUUUUAGUUUAUGUAGGUCUAAAGGAUUGUGGAGGAGGGUGCAUUGCUGAUAGGUGAUGGUAGCUUUUGCUUUCGGAUAUGAAUCUUAACGUGUUGAGGUUGGUAGUUGUACAGUUGUUCUGACUAUUCUUGAGGCUUUCUCUGCUGCUGUAGCACAUGUUUCAUAAUGUGCAAAAAGGUGGAAAGCCUUGCCCUUGCUAGGUUGUAAUUUGUGACUGUAAGAAUGUUUCUGUUUAGUUUUAGGUGAUUAGUUAUAGCUUUUGCUGGUUUGUCUAUAUUGCUAACUGGUGUGAUCCGUUUCUAGAUUCAGGCAAGUUUCAUGUAUUUAUCUGCCGGGGAAUUUGAUGUAAGUUAACAGAAUUAUGUAAUCUUAAUGGUAUGGUUGUACAACUCUGUUACUUUGCUGGAUUCA